CACAGGAUGUCUCCGAGAGUGUGUCAGGGGGCAACGGAACAGAGUGUGUGUGUCUGUGACAGAGAGAGAGAGAGAGCACCCAGGUGUAAGUCGCUCUGGAUAAGAGCGUCUGCUAAAUGACUUAAAUGUAAAUGUAAAUGUGUGUAUUUAACGUAAGGAGGAGGAAGAGAGAAGUUAUCGUUUGGAGAUGAAUGUUACUCACUGUGGAAAAGAAGAGUAUUAAAACUAAUUUCAGCCAGGAAACACCACCCCUGUCUUCCCCUUUCAAAAGAUCACUAGAGGUGUCUCUAUGUGACAGACAGACAACAGAGAGGCAGGACAGAUGCCAAUAAUAUGAACUACUAACUUCAUGAAGGGCAAUUCAAAUGCAGUUCUUAACCAUAAGUCCUGGCAGUGAUCAUGCACUGACUGAUUAAGCUCUCAAUCAAAUCGUUCCCCUAAAGGGUUUCACCCUGCCAGAGCAACAAUGACGUCAACUGUGAAGCUGAGAAAAGUGGGUGUUCUAGACUAUGACACACAAAUCAAAGAGGUGCGUUGUCAGUUGUUGGACCAGUUGAAGGUGUUGGACCUGCAAUUGGAGCAGAAAUCUCAGCAGCUUCAGGACCUGACAGACUACCUGCGAAGACGCAGUGAGAUAGAAGGGGAGUAUGCACGCUCGCUUGACAAAUUGUCCGAGAGGUUCACCUCCAAAAUCAAAAGGAAGGAGCCCUGUAGUGGCCAGUCUGUGGCCCAGUGUUGGCUGGUGCUCUUGGCUCAGACCAGACAGGAGAGCAGAGACCACAGUGGUCUGAGUGAAAUCUGUAGGACCACCCUAACCGAACCCCUUACUCAUUGUCUGGACAUCACACAGCGCCUGGCCAAGAGGAGUAAAGAUGUCUGUACCCAGUUACAGGAUGGUCUACUGAAAGUCACCACAGAGCUACAGACAGCAUGGAGGACCUACUACCAGUACCAUUCAGAUUAUGUGUCUGCAGAGGGAAAGCUGAAGGAAGCAGAGAAACAGAAACAAGGCGCUUCUAAGAAGAUAGAGAAAAGACAGUGUAAAGUGCAGGAGAUUCAGCUGAAGUGCACCAAGGCUCGAAACGACUACCUCCUCAACUUAGCUGCAGCCAACGCUUCCAUGAACAAGUACUAUCUCCAGGACAUCUCCUCACUCAUAGAUUGUUCAGAUGUGGGCUACCACCUGUCUCUGUCCCGUGUGCUGUUGGCCUACCUGUCCAGCCGGUCCUGGGAUCAGCAGAACUUGAGUGUAGGGCUGCAGCAGCUCCAAAGUGCUGUGUCUGGACUGGACCAGAGUCAGGACAGAGACAACCUGCUACAGACACACACCAACACCUUCUGUCUGCCCCUCCGCUUCCACUUCCAGCCACACGACGGAGACCAGGUGUUUGAGGUGAGUGCAGAGCAGGAGAUUAGGGGUGAGAUGGAGACCAGGUUCCAACAGCUACAAUCUAAACUCACCGGGUUCACCCAGGAAAUGGAGGAGGCAGAUAAGACUCUACGGGCGGCCCGCGUUACCCUGCUGGAAGGUAUCAGUGAUGAUGACCUAGAUCCUCCACCCUCCAGCAGCCAGACCCAGGGCUCCCAGGUCCAUCUUCAGUCCCCGUCUCAGAGCCAAGGUCAGGGGGGAAGCAAUGAAAGCCUGGCCAGCAGCAGUGGCAGACCUAGUCUGGCCAGACGCAGAGCCAACCUGCAGGAGACUGAGAUCCUCUACUGUACUAAAGUGAAAGAGUAUCUCUGUAAAAGCGCUCUGGUAUCCAAACUACAGGCUAAACACGAUCUGCUUAAAGUGGCUGUAGAGAAAGCUGAAGCAACCAAUGGUCAUCAAGCCAGGUCGAGUUACAUUCCUCUUGGGAACUCCAGGAAGUCUGUUCGUGCGAGGAUGGAGGGUCAACCUAUAAUCCAGUUCACCCACAAACUCUUCACUGGAGACAUGCUCUCGUUCAUAAAGGCAUCGGGCCAAGAGAUCCCAGUGGUUGUGGAAAGCUGCAUUCGCUUCAUCAACCUCAAUGGUCUCCACCAUGAGGGUAUCUUCAGAGUACCAGGGUCUCAGGCCGAGGUCAACAGUCUGAGAGAUGCGUUUGAGAGAGGAGAGGACCCCCUGGCAGACAGCAGGUGUGACAUGGACUUAGUUGCAGGAGUACUGAAGCUCUACUUCAGAACCCUGGAGAACCCUCUCUUUCCUCAGGACAGCACCAGUCAGCUCCUGGAGUACGCAGAGAUUGAUAACGAGACAGAGAGAGCAGCUCAACUCAAAUCGGUCAUCUCCUCCUAUCCUCCACCUGUCAUCAUCGUCAUGAGAUACCUCUUUGCAUUCCUCCAUCAUGUAUCCCAGUACAGCGAUGAGAACAUGAUGCAGCCCUAUAACUUAGCCGUGUGCUUCGGCCCCAGUCUGGUGCGAGGGUUGCAGGAUGAGGAUGUUGUUACUCUACAGCCUCAGAUCAACUCUCUGGUGAAGGGCCUCAUUUUGCAGCACGAGAGCAUCUUCCCCACCGACGAGCUACAGGGACCGGUGUAUGAGAAAUGCAUGACGCUGGAGCAAGACGACUGGUGACAGAAAACGCAUAGAUAAAUGGACAGCGACCUAGACAAACACACACGCAAGCACAUACUCAGGCACAUACACUUGAUGUUGAUCGUCUGUGUUUAUUUUGCAGUGAGGAGGGAGAAGGGGAUUCAGAAAUCCUCAGUAAAGAGUCCGAGUCAAAGGGAGAGCGAUUUCGAUCCAAUAGCAGCUGCAGUUCCAGACCAUCCCCAGCAGGAGGGAGUGUGUCCCUUAGAGAAAAGUUCACCAUACAGAUCCCCAUAGCAGGCCCCGCCUUACACGGCAGGCCCCGCUCCCCCCGCUACACACGCAAAGAAGCCCAAGACCUGUCAUCCAGUGAAGAUAUAACAGUUCAGGUUGACAAGGAGGUCUGCCGCCAGAUGAGCUCUGUCUUCAAGGAGCUUAUCGCUCGACAAUCAUUCCCUCCUCCAUCCUCCUCCACCCCCCCGGUCACCUCGUCCCGCUCUUCCCAACCUCCUCCAGAGCAGAAGAGAGGAGGGGUCGGGCGCAGAAGGGAAAGACCUGUUUAGAUCUGACCAACUGGACUGGUAAAAAGAGAGAGGGGACCAUCCAUGGCUCGAUGGAUGAAUAAAUGAAUGAGAGGGAAUGAAAGGAAGGAGAGAGACGAAAGAGUCAAGAGACUUAGACAAGAUGACACAGUUUAGGUUGACAGGUUGUGACAGCAGCCUUUGACAGUGGGAUUACAGAUGGCUGGGUUACAGGAAACGCAGUCAGUUCACUGUACUGUAUGAGUCUGCUCAGACAGCAGCCUUCAUUGUGAAGCCUGUGAAUGGACAGUCACAGACAAAAGGGUUUGACUCCUACUGUGAAGCCUUUUGUUAGUGUGUUUGAUACAACACACCCCAAUGACCCCACUCUGAUUUUCACUGUAGGGCUGUGUCCCCCUUCUCCACACUUUUCCCAGUGUGCACUUGCACAGUCCCCGCCAUGGAUUUGAAAAGCAUUGGGUUGUAAGCUUUAAGGGGAUUCUUGCUAUUGCAAGUGGACAGACAGGUUUUGAUUCCCACUGUGAAGCCUUGUUUUUGGUUAGCCUGAUCCCAGAUCUGUAUGUGGGACCAGGCUGUGUUUGAUAGAACCCCAGUGACCCCAGUGACACACUCCAGUGACCCCAGUGACUUUCAAUGCUACACAGUCAAUGGCAGAUUUUGAGUUGGUAUAUCAUAACUUAUUUUACCCACAAUGACUUGGAAUGUACACUAUUAUCAGUGUUGUUUGUAUUCUAUGCUCUUGUGGUUAUGGGCCUAUGGAGGCCCUCUAUGCCCAAUGUGUGCAAUGCCAACACCAAGACAAGCGCUCACUAUCUGAUUUGGUCAGUUCACGGUUCAUGUUUGGGUAGGUCUAUAAUUAUGAACAUUCAACGGCCAUAUGGUCUUUAUCGUAGAGAUCCUAUAAGACAUAUGUUCUAUCAACUUUUAUCAGAUGACAUGUCCAUUUUUAACCUGUACCAGCAAGAUCUCCUGUCUGUGAUUGAGUCAUUGAGCUACUUAUAACGAUGAACUUUUAAAUGUUGUAUUGCUAUUUUUAUAUUGUUUUCUGAAUCUGAUGAUUGUUUGAAUAAAUGUUUAUGUUGAA